AUGUCGGAAAUACAAACAAAUUCUCCAAUUGUUCAGGAGAAGUGUUUUAUUCAUGAACAGGACACGACAAUAGUUCCACUUAGCAAGGAAGACGUUUUGGUACCGGGUAUUGCUGACAAACAUCCGAGGGAUAUGCCGGAAAUGGCAUUUGUUAUCGCUUUUUGCAUCCAAUACAACGAAGCGGUGGGAAACCUCAACUUCCUCCCAGAGGAGCUAGAAGAUGCAAUUGUGCGCCGCGAGCCUGUCGAUCUAGUGGAGCGUAUUCAUCGCUACUUUUUACGGAACGUUUUAAACUUUCCAAAGAUAAUCGACAAGCGAUAUUGGAUCAGAAAAUUGCGCGAGCACUUGCACGAAAGAAUUGAGAAGAAAGAAUUCAUUUUCUCUUACAAUCCUUUUGAUAGGAUUAAAAAAAAUAAGUACCAUGAGCUCUCGAAUUUUGAGAAGGUUAUGAUUUUGAAGGACCUGGUGAUGUGGCAGUUUAAGGGAUCUGAAAAGAUCAAAGCUAUGUGGCAGUUUAAAGAAUCUGAAAAGGCUCAGACUCUCCGCCCAGUUGAGAUAGAAGUUCUAGGUGUCGACAGCAGGGAGUCGACCUACUUCUAUUUAGGUGUUGGAGCACGAAUAUAUAGAGAGAUCCCAUCUGCUGAUGAUACUCAGCAAUGCGUUUGGGAGGCACUAACAACAACAUUACAAGAUCUUAAGGAACUAGUUUCUGAUCGAGUUGAAAUAGACCCUGAUCGAUCCGAGGAGGAUCGCCUCUUGUACAAAAGAAUUUCCAAGGAGUUGAUCCCAGAUGUAGAAUAUCAGUUUGAAAUCAAAAGAGCAGCCGAAGAAGCGGCUAGAAGAAAGAAGCGCGGCAAAAAGCCUGCGAAAAAUAAGGUUCGAUACAACAAAUCACCGAGAAAGGUGCUUUCGGUUGAAGAAACUGACGAUGAAAAUAAUAUUCAAGCUGACGUUACUGCGUCUGAUGUUGGCCCAGCGCUUUCGGUUUCGAUGUGGUCAGUGACGCAUCCUUCCACAAAUUUGCAGCCGGUACAGAUGGCUCAUGAUGUCAGACGCUUUUCUGCUAAUCAAAUGGCGAAUUCGGAUUUAAACGGCGUAACUACUUCCACAACAACCGUAAAUUCCGCCUCUCAAUAUGAUGAUGAUGAUGAUGAUGAUGCUUCCACAACCACUUCAUCGAGCAUCCAUGAAAAAAAUCAAUUGAUUUAUCAAAGCAGCUUUACGGAAAGACAUACUGAGACCAGCACACCAAAAAAUGUGAUCUUUCAUAAACGUCGAAUGGAAGAAGAAACUUCUGAUGAUAAUGACUCAAAUGAUUCUGAUUAUUAUUUGGAUUCUAACAAGCGCGUAAAGUUCGGACUUAAUAACGAUGAUGUUAUGAUUCAUAAAUCUUAUUACGAUGAUACCACCAAACGAUCCAACCAUGUGAAGGGAAAAGGAGUUCUUCGUAAUGAACUGCAUGGUAAUUUAGAAUUUGAGAAUGCCGACAUUGUUAAUAAGGAUGCGUCUAAGAAUAAGGGCAAAAAUGUCCUCCGUGAUGAAGGACCAAGUCAAAUAGUUGGUAGUUACAUGAAUCAUUGCUACAACACCGCCAAUGUCACCAAUUUAUCAGAAGUGGUUGACCGGGAAAUUUUCAGGCCGGGACCAGAAGAACUUGAUAAAUUGGAGUGGUCCCUAAACCACGUGUUCUUCGAGGAGUUAGAAAUCUUCGGCGAAGACAGUGAUUCUGAGCUGUCUGAAUGUUGUGAUGCUUGUAUAAUGGAAGUUGAUCAACUCUUAGCGCAUUGA